UGUUUUAUAUCAUAUUCCAUACUCAGAAAAGCAUAGUUUCUUGUGCACUAAAUAUGGCCUUUAAAGAUUUAACAGAUCCCAACAGGAAUGUUGCUUUGAUCUUCGGAUCAACAGGGCUUGUAGGCAGGGAACUAGCCAGAAGGCUACUUUCGCGAGGUGGCUGGAAGGUUUAUGGCGUUGCCAGAAGUGCGGAUGUGACAAACAUCCAGGACUCGAACUACCAGUUUAUCAGCUGUGACCUUCUUGAUUCUACGGAUACCAGGGAUAAGCUGUGUUCUUUACACGACGUGACUCAUAUUUUUUGGAUCACUUGGGCUAGUCAGUUUCCUUUGGACAGCAGAGAAUGCUGUGAACAGAACAAAGCUAUGAUGUCUAAUGCACUGAAUGCUCUCCUCCCAAUAGCCAAGUCACUAAAGCAUUUCUCACUUCAGACUGGUGUUAAGCAUUACAUUUCAUUAAAAGGGGCUUCCAAUGGUAAUGAAGGACAUUACUACGAUGAAGAAUGCCCGAGAUUGAGUUCUGAAAAUAAUUUCUACUACACACUUGAGGAUUUGCUGAAAGAGACAUUAGGAGGUAAAGUUGCUUGGUCUGUCCAUCGGCCUGGACUGAUACUGGGAAGUUCACAGAGGGCAGUGUACAAUUUUAUGGGGAGUUUGUGUGUUUACGGGGCAAUCUGUAAGCAUUUGAAUCUCCCAUUUAUGUUUGGAGGGACAAGGGAAUGCUGGGAAGAGAUGUGCAUCGAUGGCUCAGAUGUCCGGUUAGUGGCUGAACAGCAGAUAUGGUCUGCAACAAAUGAUGCAUUACUGUCAACUGAUGGUCAGGCCUUUAAUGCCAUCAACGGACCUCGUUUCACGUGGAAGCAGAUAUGGAAAAAAAUCGGCCUCAAAUUUGGAGCAGUGGUGCCAGAUGACAUGUUUUCUGAGGAUUUCAUGUUCUCAACAGCAAUGGCUGAUAAGGGCGCAGUCUGGAAGGAAAUAGUUGCAAAAGAAGGAUUAAUUGGAACAGAAAUGGAGGAUUUGGCCAACUUCCAAUUUAUGGAUCUUUUGUUUCGUUGCCCUACUAAGAUGCUCGCCACACGGGACAAGGCCAACAGGCUUGGCCUAAAGGACAUGUACGAAACCUUAGAUUCGAUACUCUACUGGGUAGAUGAUAUGAGAAGGGACAAAUUGAUUCCCUGAAAUAAGGAAUUACCUGAAGGAGAAUGUGGUGCACCAUAUACUAGUUCUAGUUGUAGCAUUAAAAAAGAAGUCAAAGUUGUAAAAUCAAAGGUCGUAACAAUAAAUUAUUUAGUAGAA